AUGUUCUGCAGGACUACUGGUCCACCGCGUGCGGCGAUCUUCGCCCAACAUGUAUCGCCUCUCCCAAGAGCGCUCUUGAGAUGUCUCAGAUCGUCAAGGAGCUCCAUGAUAUUGAUACCUUGUUUGCGGUCAAGUCCGGUGGACACAUGCCCAACAAUGGCUUCGCCAGCAUUCAGGACGGGCUCCUCAUCACCACCCAGAACCUUAACAAUGUCAUCUAUAAUGCAGAGGAUCAGACCGCCAUCAUCGGGCCGGGGCUUUCUUGGGAAGAUGCACAGAAGGGUCUGGACGGAACUGGUCGGACCCUUGUUGGCGGUCGUCUUGGGGGUGUGGGCGUGGGUGGAUAUAUGCUUGGAGAUCUCUUCGCGGCCCUCAAGGGAGGUGGAAACAACUUCGGUAUUGUCACGGCUUAUACCCUCCAGACACAUCCAAUGGAUCAUAAGUGCGGACAAGACGCCUCAAGUCCUUGAAGCCAUCCGUGACUUCACCGAAAACUACCCCGAUGACAAGGCCGCCAUCAUCGUGACGGCCGAGCAUGCCGCGCUGAUCAACACAUGGAUCAUGUUCCUCUUCUACGAUGGACCGGAGCCUCCGCAAGGCGUCUUUGAUGGAUUCAAAGCCAUUGGGCCAUUGGACACGACGAAGACGUGGGACAGCUACUAUGAUUUGCCAAUGCCCAGAACGAUCGCGCAGAAAGCUCAGGCUCGUGGCGGAGACCUUAUCAACUUUCCCACUGAUCAGGAUUAUCUCGUUAUCGAGCUGGAUUUCUCCUAUGGUUUAUCGGCCAGUGACGAGAAAAUCGACGCCGCGAACAAGAACCUGUUCAAUGGGUUCGAUAGGAUCAUUUCGAAUUACAUUGACGAAGGCGUGCUACCAGACGUUUACAGGCCGUUGUUCAUGAACGACGCAAACUACGCGCAGGAUUACUGGGCCCGCCUAGGCUCGACUGAGCAGGCGCGCGAGGUGAGAAAGAAAUAUGACCCCGAGUUAUUUUUCCAGAAACGGACGAGUGGAGGGUUCAGACUUGGAUGA